AGUUUGUGUACCAGAUACUGUGGUUGUUUUGGUCUGGCAGCUGUUAGGAGGAAGAAACGUCGACUGUGACCCCGUUUGCGACAUAAACCAUUUACCAUGCGCAAUGACCUCUGGAAUGGAGUCUAUGAAGAAAAGGGUGUACCAUGCUGCAAAGUUGGGUCUCUCUAUAUCUCUUUAUGCUCAUUUAUCUGUCAAGCCUCCUCAAGAGUGUGAUGAUCUGUUGGGUCAGGUUGUAGAAGAGGAUGGCCAGAAAUGCACUCCACUCAUCAUAGCUGCACGCAAUGGUCAUGAAAAGGCUGUCCGUACACUAAUAAAGUUUAAACCAGAUUUGGAACAAGAGGGAACAGUAAAGUUUGAUGGAUAUGUCAUUGAAGGUGCAAGUCCUUUGUGGUGUGCAGCUGGAGCAGGUCACUUGGGAGUAGUGAAAAUGCUAGUCCGUGCUGGAGCAAAUGUUAAUCACCCGACAAAGACUAAUUCCACCCCCCUACGAGCAGCAUGUUUUGAUGGUCGCCUGGAUAUUGUCAAGUACUUGACUGAUCACAGUGCUAAUAUUCAUAUAACAAAUAAGUACAACAAUACUUGCCUUAUGAUUGCAGCAUAUAAGGGUCAUGUAGAUGUUGUACAGUUUCUCUUAGAACUUGGUGCAUAUCCCGAUGAAAAAGCUCACUGCGGAGCAACAGCCCUUCACUUUGCAGCAGAGUGCGGUCAUGUUAAGAUUGUGCAAGAACUUUUGGCUCACGGAGCAAAAAUAACAACAAAUGAACAUGGAAUGACUCCUCUUAUAGCUGCAGCAGAAAGAACACGAAGUGAUGUAGUAGAAUAUUUAAUAUCAAGGCCAGAUGUGACAAGAGAAGAAAAAGUUGAUGCACUGGAGCUUUUGGGAGCAUCCUUUGCUAGUGACAAAGACAAUUAUAACAUUGAACUUGCCUUCAAGUACAUGAUGAAGGGAAUGAAAGAAAGAUACAGUGAUCCAAAUUCCAUUGUUUAUAAACCCAAAGUAGAGUUUGUGGCUGCCUACGAGAGUCGUAUUGAAUGUAGAACAGUAAGAGAACUAGAAAGCAUUAGACAUAUUUCUGGAACUCUUCACAUGGAAAGUUUAGCCAUCAGAGAGCGUAUUCUUGGACCCCAUAAUCCCGAGGUUCCCCAUCCUGUAAUAUUUAGAGGAGCUGUGUUUGCUGACAAUGCCCGUUUUGACAGAUGUCUACAGCUGUGGAUGCACGCCUUAAGAUUAAAACAACUUAAUAAAGUGUGUGUCAUGAAGGACCUUCUAAGAUUUGCUCAGGUUUUUUCACAAAUGUUACAUGUUGGGGUCCAGCUGGAGUUUGAUGCUGUGCAUGAGGUUUUAGGUGCGACUGUUCUGGAGCUCAAGAGAAAUCAAGAAAAGAUUCAGUGUCCUGGACCUAAGGAUGAUGUAGAGACAGUUAAGGAUGAAAUGGAAAGCAACAUGAUCACUGCUUUAUAUCUGAUUAUGAUUGCAAUGUGUGUAGCAAAGGGUCGUUCGACGUCUCAGCCUGUUGGCGUUGGAAAUGGUGGUGUUGUGGGCAACAAUGGCAUUGUAGCUCUUAAUGGAGGCAUUGCAAUCGUAGGGUUUGGAAUUCGAGGUGGAGAAGGAGAUUCAGCGAGACCAUCUCUCCAGCAUCUGCAUCAGUCUGUAGAGAAAGAGUCCCAAGUUCAUCACACAGUAUAUAACCUUGUUAGAGUUGAAGCAAGGACGCGUAGUGGACAAACUCUGUUGCACUUGGCCGUCAACCCAGAAACUCCUGUUGAUGACUUCCACACAAAUCAUAUAUGCAGAUUUCCUUGUGCAACAACAACCAAGUUAUUGAUAGCGUGUGGAGCUGAUGUCAACAGUAUGGAUAAUAACCGCAACACACCACUUCAUCUCAUCGUUCCAUACCAGAAACCCAUCAGUGACUUCCUAACACUGCACAAUAUUAUUAUGGCACUUAUAGAAAAUGGUGCACACAUGGACACAGUCAACCAGAUGGGAGCCACACCUUUUGACUCUGCAACUACUGGUGUGGCGGAGAUAAUUCUCAGAACUCAGAAAAAAUUAAGUCUCAAAUGUCUAGCAGCCAAAGUGGUAAAAAUUAAUGGAAUCUCAUAUAAGGGUCAAGUUCCUCGACAUUUGGAAGCUUUUAUUGAACUACAUGGACCGGGCCAUGUUGAUGGACUUUCUAAUAGGCCUUGCAAAAAUGAACAUAGGCUAUGAAGACCUGUAUCUUAAGAGUGUAGUACUGUAUGUUAUUGUUGUUAUUGAUCUUAAUAAGUAAAGAGUUUAACAUGUUGAAUGCUUUCUCAUUUUUAAUUUAUUCAAGACUAAUCAUUUAUUUCAUGAAAGGAUGCUGGUAAGUAUAUAUAUGUCCCAGGUGGAUAUGCAUAUGGAGCAAAUCUUAACACAGUAUUACUUUAAAUUCACCCACAUAUGACUUUGCUACAUACGUUAUGUCUACAACAUCAUGUGUGAGAUUGAUCCCAUGUUUCAUUAUCUUGUCUCAGUUGUACAUAUGCCACCAGAUGUGGUUAUUAAAGCUUUUCUGUA